AUGGAUAAAGAUCUUUGGAGAACAAGAUUGAGGUCGUUAGUGGAAAGUUUACCAAAGCCCAAUUAUAACUUAUUAAAAUAUUUGUGUAAAUUCCUGGUUGAUGUUUCUUUAAACGAAGACAAGAACAGAAUGACUUCCUUAGCCUUAUCUGUAAUCUUCGGACCUAACUUUUUCAGAUCGCCGACUACUCCAACUGGAUUUAUUGAACAAGAGAAACUUAAUGGCCUUGUUCUUCGUUUUAUUCAAGAUUACGAUUACAUUUUUAAGGCUGAAGAUGAAAUCUCACCUUAUGACGUAAGACGCAUUCGCGUUCAAGAAGCUAAUUUAAAAAAGAAGAAUGUAUCCGUCCAGCUAUUGAAAUCGAAUGAAGAAGAUCCAUCGAACCAAUCAUUUUAUUAUUUCAGUCAAAGAAUUCGAAAUGAAGAAAAGCGCAGCGAUAAAACUAAGUACGAACUUAAUAACCAACAAAGAAAUCAGGACAAGCUAAGCGAAGUUUCGAUCCUAAUACUAAUUAAAGGUUUUGAUAAUAGGUCCUACGUUUCGGAUGGCUUUACACCUUUUCUAUCACUGAGUGAAAGCGGACAUUCCAAUUGUAGUAGUUCCUCCUUAGUUGUAGGUAUUCGUAUAAGAAACGACCUUGAAAUGGCAAUUCGCGAAUGCAUUGAUACAUAUUUAUAUGCGCAACCAGCGUUAGAAACGGUAAACAUUAAAGAUGACAGCGAGUUAGAACGUUCAGACAUGAGAACUAACAAUUUACAAAACCAAGAUAGUUUAAAUUCGUCUCAUGUUCCGAAAUAUUUAGACAGGCCAAAUGAAGCAACUCCGGAUGGAGAGCAUCAAUGUGCCGGCGCCUCAAUCUGUAGCCAAGACUGCUUUAAUUGGUCAUAUGUUUGUACAAAUCCACCAAGCAAUUCCAUAUCCAUUAACAUCGGUUUUAUUCCUUAUUAUGAUGUCUUAAAUAUCCAUACUAACUAUCGUCAAGCUGACAUUGGGAAGAGCUACUCACCAUCAAAAGCGGCGAUUACCAAAUUUUACAAGAAACAAGAUAGCCACAUACCUAAUGAAGAUGAUGGAUGUGAUAUCUCUCAAAUCAUAAGGGCUGAAACGUUGAAGAACAAAGAGAUCAACGAAAGUCUAAACACUCCCUCAAAAGAUGCUGGCAAAUUAGGAUUAUCCUACGGUAUACUGCAGAAGUGCCGAAGAAAUAAUUGUAUGUUUCACCGCAAUAACAACGUCUUUAAUGACAAUCUUUAUCCAGAUACCUCUACCGGUCAGCAAGAUUCACUAAGUGAAAAUAUAAUAAUCGCUGCGGUCGAAAAUAGAUGUAUGUAUGACAAAGUUAAUGCCAUGAACGUAGAAUGUAUGAUAGCACGAUUGAAAGCCUUAGAGCGAAUUAACAAUCAAGUGACUAAAGACAAUGAGGAUGCGGGUGUGCCUCAGAAUUCGGGAAGUCAUCUACUCGAAUUGAAAUUAAUUAAGGAAGCACUAAAAGAUCCUCAACGCAAAAGAAACUUUGUUGAACAUAUGCUGGAUUUGCUUAUAAUAAAAAGGCAGGAAGCUGGCAGACCAGCGGAUUUAGAUUUAAUGUCCACUAAGCAAAUUCGAGACGAGAAGUUGCAACUACAAAAGAUACUCUUAAAAUAUGAAACACACUUUGGAAAACCGAGAUCUGAGUGUCCCGCCGAUGGCUUAAUGGAUGCUACAAUCUCAUCAACAAGCGGUCAUGAAAGAACUAAUUUUCAUGUUAGCAGCAUUUGCCUUUCAGAAGCACAAGUAGAACUAAGAGCUUGCAAAUUGAAAAAGAAGUUAUUGCAGAAAGAACUUAAACAUUUUGAAAAUUGCUUCUCGGACAAGAACGGAAGAAAAGUGACAAAGCUUGAUCGAGUCCCGCUGGCACAACAGUACCAUGAAUAUAAGCUCCUGAAAGCCAAAAUUACGAAAUUACGAAUAAUGAUUGAUGAAACUCAAAGUGCCGUUAAUAAUUAA